CCCGAUGAUUUUUACGUCGAUUCUUCUGGGUGAUCCCAACUUCCGGUAAAAGAGGAGAAGUGUCUCACACGAUUACUCUUGACGAGGCCUAUCGUUACUCACCCGUAGGUAGUUGAACGGGGUUUCGGUAAUAGCUAUGGCCCUGUGAUCGCCAAUAAACUCAGCUAAUUAACUUUUUUUAAGGAAUCGGGAGACGUCGCCGUUGACUCCGCUUUGACUAAACGCCACAUCGUCAGAGCCACAGGUUUAAACGUUACCCCGCGACUGUCAGCUAGUUAGCUAGCUAAGGACGCAGCUAAGUUAGCUAUUCGCCAACCAAGCACCUCUAAAUUUGAUCCUGGUGUGUGUUUCAAGAUGUCAACUGCGGGGUUCAACUCUCAGAACGGGACAGGGACAGGACAGGCCUAUGCGAAUGGUCCAUCACAGAACCCAGUUGCCCUGCAGCAGCUGCCAGGGGUUAGCUAUGGAAUGACCCACCAACCAACCUACAACCCAAUGCAGGCCAAAGCCCCCGCACCCCCUGGCCCUGGACUCUACCCUUCUGGGCAAUACCAGCCAGUCAGCUCCUACCAGCCUGGCCCACCACUCACUUCCUACCCAACUCCUCCAGGCCAGCCUCUGUUAAACAGGCCUCAAAUGGUAGGUCCUUUAUCCCAUACCCCUCCUCAGUCUGCCAGCCCCAGCCCUGGUCCUAGGCUGCCCCCUGCACAGGCCACACCUCCCCCUCCUGCUAUGUCUUCUAGUCACUACUACCCAAACCCCCAGCAGCCUCAGCCCAUGGCUCCAUCAUGGCAGUACAACACAGCUCCACCGCUAAUGGGACCACACACUUCUAUGAACACACCUCCCCGUGGCCCCAUGGCUAAUCAUGUGCACCCAGCUGCAAGCUCGGCGCCACCGCCACCACCGUCAUCAUCAUCUUACAGCUCUGCACCACCAGCCCAUGCGUCCCACAGUGCCACUCAGCCCCCAGGCCCAGGGAUGCCCCCCACCUCUCUGCACGGAUACACCCAUCAAGGCACUGCACCUCCACCAGUGAACCCCAUGGCUCCCCACACUUACCAACCAAGCAGGGCUCCCUAUGGCCCUCCACCUACAGGCCCACCUCCAACCUUGAAACCCACACCACCACCCACUGGACCCCCAAUGGCCAAUGCCACACCUCCACCCCCCGGGGCAGAUGCUCAGUGUGGGAGGGCAGUUAACAGCAUUGUGUCCCCCACUGAGCCCGACUGCCAGGAGGGGGAUGUUGAAUGUCCAGGAACUGCGGCUGGCAAUGGCCCACAAGCACCAAACAGCUAUAAUCAUGUUGACAACAAAAUGGCUGGUCCACCCCAACCCGGAACACCUGGUCGGCACUUGGGCCACUACCCCUCCCUUCCUCCUGGGUACCAGAACACCCCAGCUCCCCACAAUACCACCUCUCCCAUGCACCCUGCGAUGCAGGCAGCCACGCAGCCUUACACUCAAGCACCUCAGCCAUACCAGCAGCCACGUGGUGGCGCAGGGCCAGCCCAGCUGAGCCCAUCCCUGGCAGCCAUGAGCCUCCAGUCCAGCACCCCAGAGGCCCUGAGAGUGGUCAACCUGCUGCAGGAGAGAAACCUGCUACCACCAAACCCGAUCCCUGCCCCAACACCCUGCCUCCCACAGGACCUGCAGAAGAUUAACUGCCACCCAGAGGUUUUUCGUUGUACGCUAACCAGCAUCCCUCAGACCCAGUCUCUGCUCAAUAAAGCCAAGAUGCCGAUGGGUCUGCUGCUCCAUCCCUUCAAAGACCUCUCGCAACUUCCCGUAGUGACAUCCAGCACCAUCGUCAGGUGUCGGUCCUGCAGAACCUACAUUAACCCGUUCGUCACUUUCCUGGAUCAGAGGAGGUGGAAGUGCAACCUGUGCUAUAGGGUCAAUGAUGUUCCAGAGGAGUUUAUGUACAACCCAGUUAGCAGAUCGUACGGAGAGCCACACAAAAGACCCGAGGUCCAGAACGCCACCAUCGAAUUCAUUGCUCCUUCAGAAUACAUGCUGAGGCCACCACAGCCGGCUGUUUACCUCUUCCUUCUUGAUGUAUCCCACAAUGCAAUUGAGACCGGCUACCUGAAAGUGUUCUGCCAGUCACUGCUGGACAACAUCAAUGCGCUUCCUGGAGACUCACGGACAAAGGUAGGCUUCAUCACCUUUGACAGCACCAUUCACUUCUACAACCUCCAGGAGGGACUUUCGCAGCCACAGAUGCUCAUCGUGUCUGACAUUGAAGAUAUCUUUUUACCAACACCAGACAGCCUUCUAGUAAACCUCAAUGAAUGCAAAGAGCUUGUGCAGGAUCUACUGAAGAGCCUGCCAAAUUUAUUUGAAAAGACCAUGGAGACCCAGUCUGCCCUGGGUUCAGCUCUCCAAGCAGCCUUUAAGCUGCUGUCGCCCACCGGAGGGCGCAUGUCUGUCUUUCAGACCCAGCUGCCUAACCUCGGUGUGGGGACACUCCAGUCCAGAGAGGACCCCAACCAACGGGCAUCUGCCAAGGACAUCCAGCACUUAUCCCCAGCAACAGACUUCUACAAGAAGCUGGCUCUGGACUGCUCCGGCCAGCAGGUGUCUGUUGACCUAUUCCUGCUCAGUGCUCAGUACUGCGACCUGGCAUCGCUUGGCUGUAUAUCCAGAUACUCGGCAGGGAGUGUUUACUACUACCCCUCCUACCACCACCAGCACAACCCCGCUCAGGUGGAGUGCUUCCAGAAGGAUCUGAAGAGAUACUUAACCAGGAAGAUCGGUUUUGAGGCCGUCAUGAGGAUACGCUGCACCAAAGGUCUGUCCAUCCACACGUUCCACGGAAACUUCUUUGUGCGCUCAACAGAUCUGUUGUCCCUUCCCAACGUGAAUCCAGACGCUGGCUUUGCAGUUCAGAUGUCCAUUGAGGAAAACCUGGACGACAUGCAACUCGUCUCUUUCCAGGCGGCGCUGCUUUACACAUCCAGCAAAGGAGAGAGGAGGAUCCGUGUCCACACUCUGUGUCUUCCUGUGGUCAACUCUUUGGCAGACAUCUUUGCUGGGGCUGAUGUUCAGGCCAUCACGGGACUGCUGGCUUGCAUGGCUGUGGACCGCUCGGUGACGGCCAGUCUGAGUGAUGCCAGAGAUGCGAUGACCAACGCUGCCAUUGACUCGCUAUCGUCAUACCGGCAGUCUGUGUUGACCAUCCAACAGCCUGGCCUGUUGGCCCCGGCCUGCCUCAGACUCUUUCCCCUCUUCAUCCUGGCCCUGCUCAAACAGAAAGCCUUCCGAACGGGCACCAGUACCAGGCUGGAUGACCGGGUCUUUGCAAUGUGUCAGCUGAAGUACCAGCCGCUGGCUUACACCAUGCUGAUGAUCCACCCUGCUCUGUACCGUAUUGAUGAUCUGACUGAUGAGGGAGCUUUGAACAUCAACGAGCGGACAAUCCCUCAGCCCAGACUGCUGCAGCUGUCUGUGGAGAAACUCAGCAGGGAGGGAGCUUUCCUCAUGGAUGCUGGAACGGUUAUGUACCUGUGGAUCGGACGGAACUGCCACCCCAACUUCCUCACACAAGUCCUAGGAGUUCCCAGCUAUGCUGCUGUGCCUGAUAACCUGUAUCUGCUCCCAGAGCUGGACACUGCCGAGUCCCAGAGAACCAGAGCUUUUAUUGGUUGGCUGAGGGAUCAGAGACCGUUCUUUCCAUCCCUGCAUGUCGUCAGGGACGAGAGCCAGCUGAAAGCCACUUUUAUGCAGAACAUGAUCGAGGACCGAACAGAGUCGGCCCUGUCAUACUACGAGUUCCUGCUUCACCUCCAACAGCAAAUUUCCAAAUAAUCUCCAGUGGGACUGGUGGCAAUGUGAGGAUGUGCAUCAGCGUAUGUGUGUGUAUCUGUAUGUAUAGUGUGUGUGUGUGUGUCUGAAAGCAGUGGGAGGCAGACUGAAGGAAUGGCUCAUGCUGCAUCUCCAGGUGUGGUUCACCAUCUCUCUGAGGAAAAGCUUCUGAACUGAACUGGUGCGAAGCGUCACUUAAAUCAAACUCGGUGACAGACAGUGUGAGAACGGAUAGUGACAAAGAAUCAAUUGUUAUGCUUAUUUAGCACUUUUUACCCAGCUGAAGCAGUGUGUUGGAAGAAAAAAAAAUUACGAUAAUGUAUGUAAAUGAUUGGAUGAAUCAGUGUUUAUUCUCAUAGAACAAUGUUAUCUUACUGAGGUAUCGUUCAGAUACAGUCCAGGCAAAUGGAUGUGUGAAGUGUUUUUGUUCAAAAAGCACAGUUGUCUUUACUAAAACAAGUCAAACAUAUGUGAUUGUGUAUGCUUACGGAUAGGCUUAUGAGGAUAUUUGGUAUGUUUGCGCUCAAAGACUGUUAUUGGGUGUCACCAGGAGUGUUUGCAACAACAACACCUGAGCUCUAGCAACACUCUUAAUAUCGUACCUGAAGGACAGAACGUGUGCUUUUUAUUUCUCAGUCAUUAUAAUUGUGUGUCGAACAAAUCUGUUUAGGCUCUGUUGUAAAAGGCAGAAAUGUUAAAGGUGUUUGAAGGGCGGCUCGACCUCGACCUCGCCGUUGUCGCUGCCUUGAAUACUUGGACUCUGCAGUGGAAAGUCGUUUUCCUGAUCUGUCCUUCGGAAACUCAUCUUUUUUGUGUCCGGACAUUCAGAACAACUGUGACGACAUCACUGUUCUGUUUGUUUAUUUCUUCUUUUAUUUUCUUUCUGAUAAUCUAAUAAUUUAUGAGACUCCCAAUCUGAUUAAAUUCUAUAAUUGCCUUGUAUGGGAACUCACUUUUUAUUAUUAAACCUCUGUUCAAAUACAAACUCUAUAUAUGAAAUAUUUUAAUAUAAUAGGAUAUGGGAAAUUUUAACACAGACAUAACAAAGCCAUUGUGAUCUUUUAAUCAUGCUUAUUGAUACUUGUAUAUUGAAAAGAAUGCAUUAUAUAAAGGUGAAGAAAUGCUGAUGAUUUUAGUAUAAACAUUAAGGUGAAAUGACGCUAAGAGAAUAAAAUCUUUGGGACUUUUUAAAUGUA